AGAUUGGGGUGAUAAACGGAAGAUACUUGUACUUCAGUUACGUAGUAUAAUUAUAAUACAUGAAAAUUAUGUAAUUAGGUGUAGAGGUUUGGUUAACAGUACUUGGAUUUGAGAGAGUGAUAGCUGAAGAGGAAGACAGGCAACAAACUGUUAAGGUUUUGAAGUCUUAAUACUGAGUUAAGAGCUAGUACUAGUUGUACUACUACCAGUAAUACUAAUACUACUACAUUUAGUGAUUUACAGUGUUACUACAACUUACAAGUUUCCAUAGCACUUAGUAAUACUAGUAGAGGCGUUAUCGGUUAUGAUUUUGACCCAGACUGAGAAAAUAUCCAUUAAUUAGAAGACAUGGCUGGUGAAUAACAUUGCAAGUGACAGUUAACAUCUGGGUAUUAGUUCUGUGUUCCACAAUGACAGACUGGGUCAGUAGAAGAAUGAGCAGUGGUGCAUCACCCCCAUCAGGUCUUCUGUUUGAACUGAAAGUAAAAAUUGUAUCAGCCAAGCUUCACUCAUCUGGCAUUUUAUUUAAACCUGAUCCUUACGUGGAACUUGUUGUGGAUGGUGGUAUUCCUGUUAAGACAGAGUAUCAGAAAAGCACCACUACUCCAAAAUGGGAAGAACAGUUUGCAAUACUGGUUAGUCCAUAUUCCAAGCUUCACUUCAGAAUAUACAAUCAUGGGUCCUUGAUCAGAAAUGGAGUGCUUGGAGAGUGUGUUCUUGAUCUUCACAAUGUACUUGCUACAUAUGGAGGACGAUUGGACCAUGUGACUCUGACAUUAGAUCUCAAGGUCAGUGGAAAAACUAGUCGAAGUUCUAGUACUUUGUUUAUAAUGUUAGAUGGAGUACAGAUUGAUAUGAACUGUUAUCCCGCUCGUGAUUCUCCGAUUCCAGCAAACAGUAGUUCCCACACUCCAUCAAGCACUCAGUCAAAUGGAAGCAUUACCCAUAAUGGCACUCGCUCAUCUAGUCCUGCAUAUGGCAACAACCAAAGUGAUUAUCAACAACAUCAAGAACCUCGUCUUGUUUCUCAAAGGUCAGGAAACCCCAGUCCAGUACCAUUCCGAGUUACUAAUGGUUCUCCAAGCAGCAGUUCAGGUAGCACAUCUCCAAGCAUUGUUAACCUGUCAAAACAGCUGCAGGAUAUGAGAAUUCAGUCUGUACCAGAAAGUAGCAACUCUGGUACUGUUCCUCGAGCCUUUAGCAGUACUGAUAUCAGCUUUGUAGAAGUUUCACGACCUCAGCAUGCUUCUGCCACGAGGUCAGGUGACACCAGUAGCAGUACACCAGCCACCAGAUCUGCUACACCUAAUAACAUUUUGGGUGCUAACAGUUCUUCACCAUUUUCGAGUCCUGUACAGUUUCAUGCUAACCCAGAUAUUACUGCCAUUAGUACCAAUCUGUCUUAUGGUACAAGCAGUAUUUCCCAGGGUGGACACUCAACUGGGCGAUUGGUGAGGCCUUACAGUGCUGUAGUCAGUCAAGGUGUGUCUCAUGGUGCUGAUCCACCAAAUCAAGGAGGAUUGUUGGGGACCAGACAGCCAAGACACUAUAGUGCUUUUCUAGGUCAAGGUCUUGUUUCUGGUCCAUCACAUGCCACAGAUAAUACUAACCAGGGUGGAUCUUCAGCUAUUAAGUUACCAAGAUCUUUUGGGCAAGGUGUUAGUUCUAAUGAAGAAGACCCUCUUCCACCAGGAUGGGAAGUACGUCAUACACCAGAGGGUCGCAAGUAUUAUGUGGAUCACAACACAAGAAGUACCACAUGGGAACGACCCCAACCAUUACCUUCUGGCUGGGAAAUAAGAAGAGACAACAGAGGAAGGGUGUACUAUGUAGAUCACAACACCCGGACUACCACUUGGCAACGGCCUACAGCAGAGACAGUUAGGAACUACCAGCAGUGGCAGUCUAGUCAGGCACAAGUCAUGCAGCAGUGUCAACAGCGAUAUCUCUUUCCUACUCCUGCACAGACUGAAGACCAUGAUCCACUGGGACCACUGCCAGAAGGAUGGGAAAAACAAAUGGAUCGCAAUGGUCGGGUGUAUUUUGUAAACCACAAAAACAAAACAACCCAGUGGGAAGACCCCAGAACUCUAGGGCGGGAAGAGCCACUCCCUCCAGGAUGGGAAGUUAAGUAUACAAAUGAUGGGAAGAAAUACUUUAUUGACCACAACACCCGUACAACUACUUUCCAAGAUCCUAGGAUGUCAUUUAACUCAAGAGAAGGAGUUUCUGGUGGACCUGUAGCCUAUGAGAGGAACUUUAAGUGGAAACUUACACAGUUCCGUUACCUGUGUCAUUGCAAUGCUGUACCUAGUCAUAUCAAAAUUGUUGUAUCACGAAGUAACAUUUUUGAGGAGUCUUAUGCCCAGGUAAUGAAAGUUCCUCCACAUGAGCUUCGACGUCGUCUGUUUAUUACAUUCAGGGGAGAAGAAGGAUUAGACUAUGGAGGAGUAGCAAGAGAAUGGUUUUUCACACUAUCACAUGAGGUACUUAAUCCAAUGUACUGUUUGUUUGAAUAUGCUGGAAAAAAUAACUACAGCCUGCAAAUCAACCCUGCAUCCUCUGUCAAUCCUGACCAUGUGUCUUACUUCAGGUUCAUUGGACGUUUUGUUGCUAUGGCUCUUUUCCACGGGAAGUUCAUCUACAGUGGUUUUACUCUUCCAUUCUACAAACAGAUGUUAGGAAAACAACUGACAAUGAAGGACAUUGAAUCCAUUGAUGUCGAGUACUAUAGCUCGUUAGUAUGGAUCAAGGAGAAUAACAUUGAUGAACUUGAGAUGGAAAUGUACUUCUCAGUGAACUUUGAAGUUCUUGGGGAGGUGAUGUCACACGACCUGAAACCUGAUGGUGGAGAAAUUAAAGUUACAGAGGAGAACAAGGAUGAAUAUCUGAGGCUUGUCACACAGUGGAGGUUUUCACGAGGACAAGAGGAACAGACCAAAGCAUUUCUUGAUGGCUUUAAUGAAGUCCUACCUCUGGAGUGGUUGCACUACUUUGAUGAAAGAGAGUUGGAGUUAAUGCUUUGUGGGAUGCAAGAAAUUGACGUAGAUGACUGGCAACAAAAUACUAUUUAUCGACACUACACUCGCACUAGCAGACAGAUUGUGUGGUUUUGGCAACUGGUGCGGAAGAUGGACAAUGAAAAGCGUUCACGACUACUUCAAUUUGUGACAGGCACAUGUAGGGUGCCAGUAGGUGGAUUUGCAGAAUUAAUUGGGAGCAAUGGACCUCAGCGAUUCUGUAUAGAGAAAGUUGGAAAGGACACCUGGCUCCCACGCAGCCACACAUGUUUCAACAGGCUGGACCUGCCACCAUACAAGAGUUAUGAUCAGUUAGUUGAAAAGUUAACCUAUGCUGUUGAAGAAACUGAGGGGUUUGCUCAGGAGUAGAAUGUUAAAAUUCACAUAUGGCUGGUGUAGCUGACCUGCUGGACAUUAGUUGUGAUAUUUUAAUAGCUUUGCAAGGUGUCUUAUGUCAUCAGUUGUGAUGAAGCUGCCUUGAAAUCCAAAGGACGUUUAAAUGUGCCGAUCUGAAGAACACCGAGCAGAGACUGAUAAUAAAUUAAUCUAAGUAACAUUCCCUCAUGACAAAAGUUGGAGACAAGUGUGAGAGUGUUUGAUAAACAAUUGUUUUUUAAAGAGUUUUGGUUCUAGGGCAUCCCAAAUGAAUUAUUUAAUUUUUUUGGAUACUUGUAAAGAUAUUGAACUCCAAACAUAAGAUUUGAUGGCACAGUUUAUAUGUCAUAACGAAGAGUGAUAACCAUAAGUUUAUAGUUUAUUAAUAUAUAUGAAGGCUUUUUUCCCACCAGAUGAGUGGAAUGUCACUGAGAUUCUACACAUUAAAGUUUUUCAUGAUCGGGUUUCAAGAAAAGAAAAGAAACAUUCAGCAUGAUAGUUUUUUUAUUAUAAGUGGUGUCUAUUACAAUAUCAAUUUGCAUAAAACUAUUCAAUAAAGUAAUUAGCUUUUAGUUUUUGGAGAACACUGUUCAUUUAGGUGCAAUGAUUCUACUUUUAGUAUGUUUAUAGUGUUUUGAACCAUGUAAGAAAAUUUAAUUCCAUCUUUAACAUAUCCAUCUUUUUAAAUUUUAAAUUACCUAAAACAGUAGAACAUUACAAUCUCAGUUUACCUUGACUUCAAUAGAAAAGGUUGACUCUUAAACAGGUCAAAAGUUACAAGAAAAAAUUCCUGAAAAUAUUAAAAUUGAUAUGAUCCUAGCAUUAGCUGUGACCACAAAAUAUUCUGAAUGUCAUUGUUACUGUAAUUGUGUAAAACAAAAAAGAGAGAGAGAGAGAAUUAAUAUUGAAAAGGCAUUGAGAGAUUUUAGUUUAUUAUUUGCAAUAUUAAAAAGAAAAAAACUAGCAUAGAAUGAAGUGAAAAGGUAUUUCUUAAAAUUAUACGAGAACUAAAAGAAUUAAUGUGUAAAAAUUAAUUAAUGUCGAAGAUCAUUGUUUCAGUACAGGCACAAGCAUUAUUACUUUUCAGAUGUUACCAAAUACGAGAUCAGAUUUAGGCACUCUCCAACUAUUUGUCUGCAAAUAUUUCAGACUGGAAAUUACGUUAUCUUACACAUAUGUGGUUAUUAAUAUUUCUACUGAAAUGCUAAUAAGAAUUAGAAUAAUAAUUAGAAUAAGUUACCCAACCAUCCAGUGAGAGAAAUAUUUGAUUUUCUUCUAGUUGUUUAUGUAGUAUUAGUGUGGAAUUAAAAUUGGCAGAAUUUAACACCUCAUAAAUGUUAGAGAUAAGAUUUAGGAGGCAUUAUUCUAUUUUAUAAUACACACACACACAAUGAAAAAUUAGCUUCAAUUUCUACUGUUGAUUGAAUGUUUCUGUACGAACUAUUUUAAAAUUGUUUAAAAUUUUUAUUAAAAGUGCAAGUGUUUCUGUGUUGAAGUUACUUUGGUGAAACAGUGAGGCCAAAUUCUGUAUGAUAUUACAUUUAGUUUACCACCAGAGUGUGAUGUAGUUCAAAACUGUAGUAAGCCUUAAUAAGUGCAACAGCCCUCUAUAUUUUUAUUUUGGAUAUUAGCAGAGAAAUGGAACGGAGAGUGGAUACUGUGGAUUAGUGUUAAAUAAUUAUUUGGGAAGUGUAGGUAUGCUUGUAAUUAAUUAAUUAAUUUAGGGUACUGUGUUAAUACAGGUAAAUGUAUCAAGAUUCAGCAAUUGAGAAUAUAUUUUUAAUAUAAAAAGUAUCUUUGAAAUAAAGCAAUAGUUAUGAAUGUAGAAACACUAAGAUGUGAAAAAUGCUUGUUCCAAAUAAUUGUCUAUAAACUUGGGUCAGUUAUGCUGUUGUGAAAAAAAAUAGUAAAAAUAUAUACUAAUGACAAGCUAAAAAAAAUUGGCCUGUAUAUAAUUAUCUUUCAUAUAUUUUGUGUUUAUUGUGUAGCUUAUCCUAGUACAAUGUCUGGUGCUUUAUUUAGCUGGAUGCACAAGCCUUUAACAUCAAGGGUGGGCCAACAUUUUGUUAAGUGUCAUUUAAAGAUCAACAAAUGCUAGACGCUGAAUAACCAUUGGAAAGAUUGCAUUAGGUACAAAAACCAGUGGUAAGAUACAUGAAAUUGGUGCUUAUGAUGAUAGCAUUACUUUUAAAACUGUUCCAUUCCUUAAAAUGGGAAGUUUGUUGAAGAAUGUAGUUUUUUCCCCUUCCAUUACAAUGUAGAACUUCUGUAAUUAACACAAAGGAAAUUAAGCAAAAGGUUUUAGAUAUGGUAAUACAAUAUGCUAAAGAAAACAAGGUCUUUUAUAUGGUAGUAGACCUGUUGUAACUAAAACAAAAGGUGAGCCAUUUUGUAAGUUUAAUGGGGCUGUGACAACACAGACAUGGUUAGUCCUAAGGCUAAAGUUAACUUUGUUGGUCUAGACUCUACAGACAUUUGCUCAAAUUUAACCUGUUUGUUAAGAAAGGCAUAUUUUUUGUGAUGAUUUAAGUAUGUUGGACUUUCCAGGAAAUGAAUGUGUUAUAGGUAUUUAAGGAGAGAGAGAGAGAGAGACUUCUCUGUGUUAAUGUAGAAACCAGAAUAUAACUGAACAACUUUCAUUUUCUCUUGGAAUCAUGCAGUAACAUUUGUAAGAUAUGGAUUGUGUUUUAAUGAAUGAUUGUUAACUUUUGUCUAUGUUUACUGUUUGUAAAUAAUGUGAAGUAAACAGUUGAGAAAAUUAUAUUAUUACAACAAAAACAACAGCACUGACAUAUAAGACAUAUUAAGUUAAUAUUAUUUUUGAACACUAACUGCAGAAGGAGGUAAUUUUGAGUUAGCUUGCUGAAAAACUUCAAAUAUUUUUUUUUCAACAUGUUAAGUUUAGGUGGUCAAAUUUGCAGAACUUAUAUGUGAUAUUUGUUAUUAAUUAGAAUUAAUUUGGUAUUUUAAAACUUCAUUAAGUGUGUUGAUACAUCACUUAGUGUUUUCAAGUCAUACUUACCAGUUUUUUGUAGAAAAAUCCUUUUCAAAUUAAUUUUGUUUGUAACUCUGACUGUGUAAUAUCAGUGUAAACGUCGGUAAAACAAGAAUGCUGUUGAUUUGUAAUUGAAUAUAAACACAUUAAGCAAAAAAUUGAUGCUCUGUGUAAAGCCAAAAUUUAUGGAAACUUACUGAUAAACAGAUGUCAUAAGAAGUCAAUGUUAAACAGAUCGUCAUGCAAAAACGUUUCUAGCAUAUCGUUGCCCAGUAGAACUUGACCAUUUUGCCAUGACCUUGUUAUUUAAAAUGGACAUUGCAAGGCUGUUCCAGACUCACUCCGAAUACAUAGUCUGUGCAUGAGGAAGAAUGAUACCAUGAUCGGUACUGAAUCACUGAAUUUUGUUUGGCCAUUUAAUCAAUUCUGAUAGAGCACCUUUUUUUUUCACUUGGUGAUGAUCUUGAACACAGUCCUUGGAUACCUUGUAACCCCAGUCUAAUGUAUUGAAAACCAAGCUUGUUCCUUAGCCUCACCACCUUAAUAUGAUAACGUAUAGAUGAUAUGCACACAUUAAGUUAAUUUCAUCAUCCCUAGUCUCACUGCAAGGGAUUUAUCUUAGAAAACAAUGUUAUUAACACAGCUCUAUUUCAAAACAGUUGAUAUUUUUCUGUGUAUCUAGUACUUUAUUCAAUGUCGUUUCAACUUGGUGUGGUGUAAUAAAUUACUAGCAUUUUAUCGUUUAUUUGUUGUUUUACAAAGUCUGAGGUCUUUACCACAGGGAGAAAAAUAAAUGUAAUCUAAGCCUCAUGUUUCUGAUAACCAAAAAAUAGUGUGAAUUAGGUAUUCCACAAAUGGUCAGAUUUUAAAUAUUCUUGUUUCUUUUUUCAAAGCAAGAUUCCACAUGUUUAGAACCACAGGAUCUUUGAGGAAAAAUAUUUUGAGUUUUUGAAAAAAUUCACUAACAUAUGAGUUGUUUUUUCCUAGCCGACUGAGGUGUACAUUGCUUCUGGAGUUACAGAAGUGAGAACCUCGCAUGUAUGAAGACUUUCAAAUUAAUUCUUGAUGAGAAAAGAUGCCCUAAAAUUUGGACUCUAGGACUACUUACUAAAUAUGCUUAAUCUGUUUGUUGUACAGAAAUAGUCUAAAUCCUAAAAAUAAAUUACAUUAUUUCCAAUAA